CAGUGCUUUGAUUAGGAAGGAGAGGGUACUAAACUAGAUCCAGGAAGUCUCUCUCAACUCUGGUGAUAUUUAUAAUAAAAGGUAAAUGAUUAGCAGAUGAAGCCAGAACUCUCAAUCAAGGAAAAAAAGAUCAUGGAAAGAGUCCUAGCUUAGUUAGAAGUAAGAGAAAAACAAAAUGGAAACCAGUUAGGAGAAAUGCAAGCUAAUUAUUUACAAGGAUAGAUUCCACACUUUCUUUUUAGUCUGCCUGGUAAGUACUUGAUGAAAGUUUUGUGCAAGGAAACCCCAUGCCCCCAGUGGUCUGGAAGAGAAGAUGGGCUGGAGGGAGUAAAACGAUUCAUGCAGAUUCAGACUGUCUGGGUUUGAAUUCUGGCUCUGACCUUUGGGAGGAAGAAAGAAAAUCUAUGACUGAACCAACACACCACUUAAUACACAGAAUUAUGAGUUCCUCUUCAUACAACGAAGAGGAUCUGACUUCAUUUUCUAGUGACAAUGAGGAGGAUCAAAUGCCAGAUCCAAGUGCCAAAAUAACAGAAGACAGUUUUGAAUUUUUCACCCCAGAGAAUCCAAGCAGUAUUAAGUUUACCACACUCUUUCAACGUGACAGUAUUCUUGCCAGUACAUCUUCCUCAAAGGACGGCACAUCAGACUCUGGCAAACGUGUGAAUUCCAAACGGAAGUUGAAAAUGAUGAAGAAGGUAUCAUCGACUCUGUCAAAAGUGUUUCCAAGAUCUGACGCUAAUAAACCCAAAACUUCAUCCUCAUACCCCUCCUCCAGGACUGACACUGCUACAUCUGACGUAAAUAAGCCUGCCGACCUUCCUUAAAAAAUUACAUGGCUUUUGAAGCAUAACACUGUGUCCUACAAGCUGAUUCUUGUAAUACUGAAAAAUAAGAGCAGAGAAAGUAGAAAAGGCAGCUGGAGAAAAGGAGGGCUUGAUAAGUAUUUUUUAUGGGCAUUUUGGCAUGAGAAGAGGGACCAGGCUUUACAAAUAGGUACA